AUGGAGAACCGGCCUGGGUCCUUCCAGUACGUCCCUGUGCAGCUGCAAGGGGGGGCGCCCUGGGGCUUCACCCUUAAGGGGGGUCUGGAACACUGCGAACCGCUCACAGUGUCUAAGAUUGAAGAUGGAGGCAAGGCAGCCUUGUCCCAGAAGAUGAGGACUGGUGAUGAGCUGGUGAAUAUCAAUGGCACUCCAUUGUAUGGCUCCCGCCAAGAGGCCCUCAUCCUCAUCAAAGGCUCCUUCCGGAUCCUCAAGCUGAUUGUCAGGAGGAAGAACACCCCCGUCAGUAGGCCACAUUCAUGGCAUGUGGCCAAGCUGCUGGAGGGAUGCCCUGAAGCAGCCACCAACAUGCAUUUCCCUUCUGAAGCCUUCAGCUUGUCCUGGCAUUCCGGCUGCAACACGAGUGACGUGUGUGUGCAGUGGUGUCCACUCUCCCGGCACUGCAGCACUGAGAAAAGCAGCUCCAUUGGCAGCAUGGAGAGCCUGGAGCAACCAGGCCAAGCCACCUAUGAGGGCCACCUCUUGCCCAUUGACCAGAGCACAUACCCCAAUCAGCGUGACUCAGCCUAUAGCUCCUUCUCGGCCAGCUCAAAUGCCUCUGACUGUGCCCUUUCCCUCAGGCCAGAGGAGCCAGGCUCUGUGGACUGCAUCAUGCAAGGCCCAGGACCAACUAAGGCCCCUAAUGGCCAGCUUAAUGUGGCCGAAACCUCAGGAGGUGGCCGGCAUACCAGUGGGGGCCACUUGACUCCUAGCUCCCAGAUAUCAUCCCGUCCACAGGAGGUCCACCCCUCAGGGCCUGCCAAGGCUGCCAGGGGUCCACCACAACCUCCAGUGAGGCGAGACAGUCUUCAGGCCUCCAGAGCCCAACUCCUCAAUGGAGAGCAGAGCAGGGCUUCUGAGCCUGUGGACUCCUUGCAACAGAAGGAGAAACCUAGCUUGGACACCAUGCUAUCCCCAAGGAACCCUAACAGGUUCUGCUGCCUCAGCGGGCAAGACCAAGUGACAAAUGAGGCCCAUCAGAACUGUGAGCUCAGCCAACUUCCUGAAUCCAGCCAGAAGGGCUCUGAGCAUCUACUGAUGGAGGCCUCGGCCAAAGCUGUUGGAUUCCCAAAAGCAUAUGACAAAGCUUCCAGCACAGAUUCCAGCCCACUCAACCAGGCUUCAGCAGAACUAGCUAAGGCUUCUUCUUUUGGCAGCCCUCCACACCCCACAGGACAUCGCCAUAGUGCCCCUGAACAGCUACUGGCGUCCCACUUGCAGCAUGUGCACCUUGAUACUAGGGACAGCAAGGGGACAGAGAUUCCAGCUGGGCAGGAUGGGCAGGAGUGGACUCUAUCCCCUUUGCACAGUAGCCACACAGGCAAGAAAAGCCCAUGUCCCCCUGCAGGAGGAACCCAGGACCAGCCCAGCAAAGAGAGAAAGACCAGGCCAGUGGAUGAUAGACUUCUGGGUUCGGGGCAUCAGAGCCCAAGCAGUUCCCCACAUGGAGAGGCUGAUGGACAGCCUCCAGAAAGAAGUUUCCAGGACCCAAACAGAGCAAGCAGAGCUGACAGUGAAUUGUCCAGCCAGAAGUCCUCUGCCUCUGGCUCCCUUGUUCAACAAACCACUAAAGUAGCUGGCCGCACAGAGGCGACUGAAGAAGGGGACAGUGAGCCCAAGGAGUGUGGCCGGGUGGGUGGUAGGCGAAAUGGAGGGACCCGGGGCCGCUCGAUACAAAACCGGCGGAAGAGUGAGCGUUUUGCUACCAAUCUACGUAAUGAAAUUCAGAGGAGGAAGGCCCAGCUCCAGAAAGGCAAGAGUCCCUUGUCACAGCUGUGUGACACCAAGGAGCCAGUGGAAGAGACCGAGGAGUGUCUAGAAAGUCCUCCACUUCCUGCCUCUAACUCAUCCCUUCUAUCUUCGUAUAAAAAACCACCUAGCCCCAGAGACAAGCUCUUCAACAAGAGCAUGAUACUCAGGGCUAGGUCUUCAGAGUGCCUCAGCCAAGCCCCUGAGGGCCAUGAAUCUAGGACGGGCUUGGAGGGACGAAUGAGCCCUAGCCAGAGACCUGGCCAGUCCUCUUUGAGCCUGAACACCUGGUGGAAAGCAUCUGACCCAUCCUCCUCAGACUCUGAAAAAACAAAUGUUCACCGUGGAGUCCGUGGAGGUCACUGGAGAUGGUCGCCAGAGCAUAACCUGCAGCCACAUGUGGCACUAGCCGUGGAAAACUCUUCCAACCCAGGUGACAAGGAACUGAAGGCUUCUACUGCCCAAGCUGGGGAGGAAGCCACCCUCUUGCCCUUUGCAGACAGAAGAAAGUUCUUUGAAGAGAGUAGCAAAUCCUUAUCUACAUCUCAUUUGCCAGGUUUAACCACUCAUAGCAAGACUUUUACCCAGAGACCAAAACCUGUUGACCAAAACUUCCAGCCAAUGAGCUCCAGCUAUAGGGAAUUGAGGCGCCAUCCCAUGGACCAAUCAUAUCACUCCACAGACCAACCCUAUCAUGCCACAGACCAAUCAUAUCAUUCCAUGUCACCCCUUCAGUCAGAAACUACCACUUACAAAGAAUGUUUUGCAAGCAAAGGUCUAGAACAAUCCAUGUGUUGUAAGCCACUACACUGUGGUGAUUUUGAUUACCGCAGGACGUGCUCUUACUCCUGCAAUGUCCAGGGAGCUGUAGUCCAUGACCCUUGCAUUUAUUGUUCUGGGGAAGUCUGCCCUGCUUUGCGAAAGAGAAAUAUGAUGCCAAACUGCUACAACUGCCGGUGCCACCACCACCAGUGCAUCCGGUGUUCAGCUUGCUAUCAUAAUCCCCAGCACGGUACCCUUGAGGACAGCAGCUUGGCACCUGGCAACACUUGGAAACCCAGGAAUCCAACAGUGCAGGACUUUCCUGGGGACAAAUGGAAACCAAUAACAGGAAACAGGAAGACCAGCCAGUCAGGGAGGGAAAUGGCUCAUUCCAAGGCUAGCUUUUCAUGGGCAACCUCCUUCCAUCCUUGCUUUGAGAACCCAGCACUGGACUUGUCAAGCUACCGAGCAAUCUCUUCUCUUGACCUCCUUGGAGACGUCAAGCACUCCUCAAAAAAACCAGAGGAAACCUCCGUUUAUGAAGAGGAGAGCUCCCUAGCCUCCAUGCCCCGCCCACUUCGCAGCCGGGCCUUCUCAGAGAGCCACAUCAGCUUGGAUCCUCAGAGCUCCCGGGCCUGGGGGCAGCAUAGAAAGGAGCUCUUUACCAAAGUUGAUGAGAUCCAGCCAGAUCCUCUGGGUGCCAGGAAGAAGGCCUUUCCUCCUCCUCGCCCUCCUCCUCCCAACUGGGAGAAGUACAGGCUCUUUCGUGCAGCCCAGCAGCAGCAGCAAAAGCAGCAGCAAGAGGAGGAGGAAGAGGAAGAAGAGGAAGAGGGGGUGGAGGAGGAGGAGGAGGAGGGGGAGGAGGAAGAGCUGCCACCCCAGUAUUUCAGUUCAGAAACCACUGGUUCCAGUGCCCUCAAUCCUGAGGAGGUCCUGGAGCAGCCCCAACCGCUGGGCUUUGGCCACCUGGAGCCUUCAAGGCAGGGCUCACAAAGCCUUCCAGCAGAGCAAGAGUCCUUUGCUCUCCAUUCCAGCGAUUUCCUGCCUCCAGUAAGGGGCCAUUUGGGAUCUCAACCUGAGAAGGCUCUGCCCCCUUGCUAUUACGGCAUUGGUGGGCUUUGGAGAACAUCAGAGCAGGAGACCACUGAUUCCCCCAAACCAGAAGCUUUGAUGGCAGAAGAGUCCAAACCUAAGCCAGCGUGGAGCCAGAGCUACUUCUUUCCUGAGGAGCAGUUCUCUUUCAUGGGCUGGGGCUCCGAGAAGCAGCACCUCAACCCCGCAGGCUUCAGUGAACCCAAGACAACAGGACAAGAGUUUCAGCACUUCUCACCUCCUCAGGGUGCCCCAGGGAUCCCUACCUCUUAUUCAGCUUAUUACAAUAUUUCGGUGGCCAAAGCAGAGCUGCUGAACAAGUUGAAAGACCAACCCGAGAUGGCAGAGAUUGGCCUGGGAGAGGAGGAAAUUGACCACGAACUGGCUCAAAAAAAGAUUCAGCUCAUCGAAAGCAUUGGCAGAAAACUUUCUGUCCUGCAGGAGGCCCAGCGAGGAUUGCUGGAGGACAUCACUGCCAAUUCUGCCCUUGGGGAGGAGGUGGAGACCAACCUAAAAGCCGUCUGCAAAUCCAAUGAGUUUGAAAAAUACCGUUUGUUUAUUGGGGACCUGGACAAAGUAGUCAACCUGUUGCUGUCACUCUCUGGUCGACUGGCCCGUGUGGAAAAUGCUCUCAACAGCGUCGAUUCAGAGGCCAACCAGGAGAAGUUGGUGCUGAUAGAGAAGAAGCAGCAGCUGACAGGGCAGUUGGCAGAUGCCAAGGAGCUGAAAGAGCACAUGGAGCGCCGGGAGAAGCUGGUGUUUGGUAUGGUCUCCCGCUAUCUGCCUCAGGACCAGCUCCAAGAUUACCAGCACUUUGUGAAGAUGAAAUCUGCUCUCAUCAUUGAACAGCGAGAGCUGGAAGAGAAGAUCAAGCUCGGGGAAGAGCAACUCAAAUGUCUCAGGGAGAGCCUACUCCUGGGGCCCAGUAAUUUCUAAUUCCACCAGCAGACUGCCUACACCAUCCCUGCCCCGCCAUAAUGGGAAGCGCUUUCAAUCCUUGUUAGCACUUUGUUAGCAAGUAGAUAACAGUUAGUUAGCAGUUUGUUCCAUAUUCUCUGCCCUGGCCGUCUCUCACUGCCCCUUAACCUAGCAGUGUUCCCAACCAGCUAAGAGGACCUGGGGAGGCCCCAAGCUUCUACCCAAGGGAGUAGAAGCAAGAAGCAGGAGCUGCAGCAAAGUGUGAUCAUACAACCACACUCUCCUUCCCACAGUUUGCAUGGCCAAGCACUCACCACACACAGGACCAACAAAGUGCCUUCAUUAUUCUCUGUACUAGGACACCAGGAACAUCAUGUACUCAGCCACCCACCCACACCAUCAUCAGCCUUUGAAGUCUCAGAGAGAAGUUGCCUGUGCAGCUCCACUGUUCCCCAGGGCUCGUGGCCCAGCCAUUUCCCACAGAGAUCUGGCUGUCUUGAGGGCAUUCACCUACCACCAGCUUCAGGGCCUCACCCUAGCUUUGCAGUAGGAAGCACAGAAGGAGCAAUGACAUUUAACAGAAUGUGAGCACAGGUUGGGAAUCGCCUGAUGCCCUGCUAGAAGGAGCUAUGCUUAAACAAACUGGCUCUACCCCUGCCUUCCCCAUUAUCUGGUUGAGGGGGAGGAGGCCUAUCUUCAGCCCCAGCUAGUGUGGCCCUCCUCCUGUCCUAAGACUUUGGCCUACCACUUCCUGUUUCAUCUUGCCGUUUCACUGCUGGGAGUUACAGGUGCCUACCCUAAGGGCUUCACACUAUGGGCCAUGAAUAGCUCUACUAAAGCUGACUUCUGGAUACAUGUUUUAUUAUUGGGGGGAGGGGGUUGUUGUUAUAUUUUAAAUGGCCUUUUGAUUUUAUUUAUUUUUAUGUCUUGAUGUUUUUUUUUUUCUUUUUUAACUAAUAAGGUAAGGAGAGGGGAGUUGGAGAGGGAAAAGUUAGCCCAGAAGGAAAGCAUUUUCUACAGAUCAGCCUGAAUUCACCAUGGCUAGGUAAGCAAGUGCCAAGGCCUUGAAUUCUUCCCACCAUAGCUAACAAGUGUCUAAGGAAGGAGUUCUCACUUCGAACUCAGAGUUUCCCCACUGUGGCCUGGCCAUAUACUUCCCUUGAAGUCCAUGAGCUUAGAGUUCCCCAACAGGCUUCAACUGCUUCUUCUUUUUUCUUGAAACCAAAGAAAUCUGAAAGGGACAAAGGUUCACCCAUUUCUCUACCAUUUCCAAGCUAAGGAAGGUGUAGAGGUGAGCUCAGGAAGAGCUCCUCUAUCUAAUUGUUUUCUUAUCCUGUGGCCUGGCUCGAGGAACCGAAAUUCAUGGUAGCUGGAAGCUCCAGCCAGGGCCAGCCCCCCAGAGCAAGUUAGUUAUAGUCCAGCCGGGAUCUUAGGCACACAAAUAAUGAAUACUGCUGCUGUGGCCACCGGUAGCCAGUUUCUAUCCUGGAAAAGCCCCCAAGUGGGUGAUGGCAGGAAGGGAGUUGUGGCCAAAUGCUGCCCUGUUACCCAGCUCAGUCUUCUGUUCCUUGAUAACUGGGGCCCAUGCUUGGUAUUGCACAGCCCUGUGCAGCCAACCCGGCAUUGGCAUCGCUUCUGGUUACUGCUCAGUUCCUCAGGGCCUUUGGAGGUUAACUGUAGCAACAGGGGUGCCUCAUUCAACCAAAGAAUUUGCCAGGGAACUUUGCUGCUGCUACAAAUACUGGUUGCUAGCUUCCGUUUCCUGGUCGUUGUAUUUGGAAACAAUGGAAGAACCUUGGCCAGCAGGGUGUCCUGUGGGGAGGGGUGCCCUGAGUAUGCUCUUAGUACACUGCUGCUGUCAGAACCACUGUUAAAAUGUCAACCUGCCAUUCUCCCAUCAAAUGGAGGAUUCUACUCUAUUCAGGAAGGCUGAUGGCUUAUAAAGGGCUACGUUUACCUAAGCCAAGGUUGCAUGAGAUGGGGGAAUGCUUUGAAUAGAGGCUGUGGUUGCCAUCUUUUUUUUUUUUUUUUUUUUUUAAACAAACAGGCUCUUAAACAGUGAGCAGGCGGAGAUGUCCUGUAUUGGGGAGGAUGAGGCCAAUGUAGCCCAUCAUUCUAAUAUACUUUUUUUUUUUUUUUUUUUACCAGAACAGCUUUUUGGGAAUAUAGCCCAGGGAAAAAAGUGGCCACUUACCUGGACACCAUGACCAUGGUCUGGGCUUUUCUAGUCAGCAUUAGAAUGAUUGAUUGUAUCUUAAGCUUAUCAGACUAAAAGUACUAUUGACUUUGUUAUUUGUGUCCCUUAUCCCACCUCCAAUUAUUCUAAAGUUGGGAUCAGAGUACAAGAAUGCUCAUUUUUACACGGAGGGACAGUUUCCAAAGCACUUAAUACUAUAUUGAGCAGUGAAGCUCGGCAGACAAAGGUGAACUACCAGACAGGCACAGAUGCCCCACAAUGCUGACGUGGCGGGCCCAUCGUGAGUGAUAGCACUGCAAAGCUGCCGGUAUUACUUGAGAUGCAAUAUCUCUUGCCCCCGUUCUCAUUUCCUGUGCUCAGCCCUCCACCAAGGCCUGCCAAGGAGUAGCAGUUUGGAAGGCAGGGCAAGGGAUUUCCCCAUACAGGCCACAGUGGGUAAUGUGUAAGCACAGUGGUUGAAAUUUAGAGAGGAAUCAGUGUAAGGGGCUCUGGGUAAUUGAGUCUCCUUGAGUCCCACCAGCUGCAGACUCAGCCAGGGCAGAGCAGUAAAUGCUCAAGGGGAAGCCAAGAGAAAGGACAGAGACACUGAAAAAAAAAGCCCUAGAAAGUGAGAGACUGGAAGCUGAGAAACAGAGAGGGUGAAAAGAUGAAAAGCCUCUUUCAAAGCCAGGUUCAGGUUCUGUUUUCCAUUUCACCUCAUAUGCCAAAGCGCUGCCGAGGGGCACCGGAGCCACAGCCUUAACCCCAGCCUCCCUAAAGGUGCUGCUCUGCCAGUAGCAGGCCCAAAAUGGAGGAAGCUGGGCACAUUUCUGGCCACUUCCUCCUGUCUGGAGCUUGAUGUCUCCCUCUGUCUUUGCCAAAGGAGUUGUCUAUGCCAAUAAUAUUUCUGUAACAGCAUAUUGUAUUCUUUGAAGAUUAGUAGGUCUUUAGAGGGGGUGGGGCAGGGGGCAAUUUCUAUAGAGAAAGAACCAGUGUUUGUUGUACAAAUGUUGUGGGGGGGUCAUCUAUCCCAUGUGAAGCUAUUAUUUUUCUGAAUCUUUCUUAUUGUUUCUGCAUUUGUGUCCUCCACCACUCCCUUCUUGGCUGACAUUGAUAUGCCUGCCAGAUUGUCAUCAAGGGUCAUACUUCAAUAAAAGGUGCUAAGGACAAAAAAAUUAUCUCACGUGUUUUGACUAAGGUCAUGGAAAUUCCAUAAUAUUCUGCUGAAAAGUUUUGGCAAGGAAUUUGGUCACCUAUCCCUAGUCCUCCAUAGGUAACCGUAUGAUCAGAGCCUUACCCACAUCCCUAAACCCUUACGCUGGCCCCUCAGGGAUAGCAUUGAUGCUACACCAUUCAUUAUUCCCAGUACAAUAACUGAGAAUUCAGGAAGAGUCAACAAUAGGCAUGAUCUCAAGUGUAGACCUCAGCAGUAUACAGAGUCCAGUUCUGGAGUCUAUCCUGAUCAGAGGUGAGCCACUUUCUAGACCUCCUCCAAUCUUGAGUUCUCUCUACUAGUAUCAUCUGACUUCUACCUGAUAGUUCAGUCUCACACCUUUACUCUUAGUCACUGAUCAGCUUUCCAAGAUAACCUCAAGAUUUAGACCCAAAUAUACUCCAGGGAGCUCCUCUGACCCUGAAAAUCUUACUUGCCCCCCCAUCCAUACAUUAUUGAUAUCCCAACUGAUCUCCUCCUAUUCCAGAUAUCCAGUGCAGUAGAGUGGAAAGAGCCCAGUUUGGGUAUUGGAGUGAACUGUGUUCAAAUCCUGAUUCUGCAACUUACUUCUUAUUCUAUGAAUCUGGCUUAUGUGCUCAACUUCUGAGUUCAUUU